UCUCAUUCGUAAAGAUGAUCUUCUUCUGGUUUAACGGAGGACGUAAAUACAUUUCAUUUAUUUCAAUCCCUCUAUAACUUUAUGUAAAUUAAAACUCGAUAACAUUUAGAUCUCCGUAUUCAUUAAGUUUCAUUUCAUUUUAUUCGAUCGUACAAAUUCAUUAUUACUAACUCAUUGCAUGUACGAGAUUAUUAAUUUUUUCAAACUGCAACUUACGAUUCCGUAUGAUACAAUUAUGCGGAAUAGUAAAAGUAACAUCAAUUACAAUAAUUUUUGUUAAACGCAACGAAAAAAAGAAAGUUACAGAGGGUUAACGAUAACAGCUAGAUAUAUAUAGACAAUAAUUUUACUGUUUAUAUCUUUUUCUACGUUUCCACGCUUUGUCUUAUCAAUUGUUUCCAUUGAAGCAAUAAAAGAUCUUCUCCGCGCAAUGGAGGAAGAUUGGAAGGAAGUAUCUACGAAGGAAGAUGAAACGAAAAUGAUGAAAUACGCAAAAUUUAGCAAGAAUCUAGCUAUGAGUGCAACCCUUAUCUGUUAUGCUGUCAUCGUUAUAUAUACUAUCAAGAGAUGCCUAUCGAUGCGUACCGAGGGUCGUCUUCUAUUCUUCCCUGCGUAUUUUCCAUUUGAGGCAAUGACUAGUCCAACAUUCGAAUUUAAGUUCAUCGGUCAAAUGAUAGGUACAACUUAUUAUACAGUAAUGUAUACGUCAGUGGAUACUUUCCUAGCCAUGUUGAUCCUUCACGUGUGUGGACAACUUUCGAGACUACAAAACGUUCUCAUCAAUUUGAAUUCCGCUACGAGACAAGAAUUUCAAAUCAAAUUAAGUUACAUCGUUAAGAGGCACGAUUAUUUGAACAGAUUCAUCGAUACGAUAGAAGAUCGAUUCAAUUUAAUGCUCCUCUUCCAAAUACUCGCUUGCACCGUGCAACUCUGUAUGGAAUGUUUCCAAGGACUUUUGUUAAUGGUCAGUGGAAAAAUGCAAGUAGUAGAGAUUGGAUUCUUCGCACUCUACAUCUCUUACGUUCUACUUCAAUUAUAUCUCUACUGCUACGUCGGUGAAAAACUUUGGUCCGAGAGUACCGAACUUGCUACUGCCGCAUACGAAUGUAAAUGGUACGAUUUACUACCGAACGAGGCUAGAUGCCUGAUAUUGAUAAUCCGUCGAGCACGAUCACCUUUGCGUCUGACAGCAGGAAAAUUCUUUACUUUAAAUCAUGAACUUUACAGCAGCGUAAGUAAUCCAAAUGAGCCACUAAAAAAUGAAUAAUUUCUUUUUAUGACGAAAUAAAUUACAAAUCGUAGUUAAUAAAAAUGAGAUACCUGUACGUUGAAAUUGUUAUUACAGGUUUUGAAGACGUCAAUGGGCUAUCUAUCUGUUUUGCGUGCAACAAUAAUGAAAGAUGAAUGAUAGAUUCAAUUUAAUUUAGACAUUAUUAUAUUAUCAUAGAAUCGAAUAUAUUCGAACAAAAAAUAUCGAAAUCAUAUGGCAUUUUGUUCGUAGUUCCUUUCAAGGAUUAAUUAAAUCAUAAUCCUGUCAAAUUUUCUGUAUCUUUCUUCUUCUAUCAACACUCUCUCUCUCUCUCUCUCUCUCUCU